AUGAGCAAGCCCGGUCUAUCUUUCGGGCUCAGCCUGGGCAAGAAGGCGGCACCAGCCAAGUCCCGUCCUCCUGCACGGAAGACUGCGUUUGGUGGCGGCGACGACUCCGACGACGAAGGCCAGCCCGCGUCCAAAAAUGAAGAGACCAUCACAGAGCUUGACGGCUUCACGCCAGCAACAACAAGUACCGCGGAUUCUCCCGCGUCUUCAAAACAAAAGAAGGGCACGAUACCACAGGAGCCACCGAAGCUAAAAUCAAAAGUCGACGCCAGUCGGCAAUUCGGCGAUCUCUCGUCCGCGCUCACCUCCAAGAAAUACGCUGAGGCAGCCGAGGCGCUCGACCCCUCAGUCUACGAUUAUGAUGCCGCGUACGAUGUUAUCGAUGCGGCUAAGAAGCAGCGCGAGGCCGAGGCCAAGAAGGAGAAUGCGCAGCGCAAGUCACGGUACAUGUCGGACGUGACCAAGGCGGCGGAGCAGCGCGAGCGUGACCGGUCGAUCGCGGAGCUCAAGAAGAUCCAGAGGGAGAGGGAGGCCGAGGGGGACGAGUUCGCGGACAAGGAGAAGUUCGUUACGGAGGCCUACAAGCGGAAGCAGGAGGAGGACAGGAUUGCCCAGGAGGAAGAGGCGAGGAGGGAAGAGGAGGAGAAAAAGAAGAACAAGUUCGGCGGCAUGACUGGGUUCCAUAAAGAAAUGCUCGAGCGCGAGGACCAGCGCAGGGCCGAGAUGGAGAAGAUUGUCGCCCAGGCGGCUACGACGGGCGGGAUUCCGAAAGCCGAAGAGCAAGGGCAGGAUGAGGACAGUCUGGAGAAGAACAAGGCGCGCGAGAUCAAUGCGAAAGGGGGGUCCGUCAUCGUCAACGAAGACGGCGAGGUCGUCGACAAGCGCCAACUGCUCAAGGGCGGACUCAACCUGGGCGCCAAGAAGAAGCCGGAGGCGCCCAAGGAUCAGGGCCGGUCGUCGGACUCGAGAUCCCGGGAUCAGUCGAGAGGCCAUUUCGCAUCUGGGGGCAAACAAGCCAUGCGCGAGAGACAGACGCGCAUGCUCGAGGAGCAGCUGGAACAGUCGCUCAAGAGGGCCCGCGAGGAGGAGGAAGAGGAGAGGAAAAAGGUCGAGCAGGAGACAAAGUCCAGGAAGACCGAAUCGGAUAUAUCGAGCGCCAAAGAGAGGUACCUUGCGCGUAAGAGGGCUGCGGAAGAGGCCAAGAAGAAUGGCCAGCAGGACGGACCAUAG